AUGGCAUCUUACCACACACGAUCAAACAGUUUUCCUUCAAAAUCCCACCCAAUUGUUGAUGAACUCGAUCAGCAAUUGUGCAGAUUAAGGUCAUCUGAAACCGCCUCCACUUCAUCACUGACCGACAAACUUACAGGCCUUAAAGAUAUAUACAGGUGUGUUGAUGACUUUCUUCAACUACCAGUUAAUCAGAACACGCUAUAUGACAGUUGGGUUGAGAAGGUAUUGGAUGGAUCUCUAAGGCUUCUAGACAUUUGUGCUACAUCACGGGAUGUCUUGGCACAGUCAAAGGAACGGAUCCAGGACAUACAAUCAGCCUUAAGGAGAAGGUGCAGUGGUGAACUUAACAUUACAAAUGAAGUCACCGAAUACUUGAAAACCCGAAAAACAGUCAAGAAGAUGAUCAAGAAGUGCUUGAAAGAAAUGAAACAAGCUGAAAAAAACUAA